UGUGGUUGAGUGAUGACUCAGACUGGGGAAGAGAAUGCUACUCACCGUGCAGCACCCACUGAUCCCCAGCACCACCCCAGCACCAUGUCUCCAGAGUCCUGUGGUUGAGUGAUGACUCAGACUGGGGAAGUGAAUGCUACUCACCGUGCAGCACCCACUGAUCCCCAGCACCACCCCAGCACCAUGUCUUACUACCCUACAGCCAACCACUGUGUUUGAGGGACCAUACAUGAAAACUGAGAGAGGGAUGGAACUAUAUUUCAGAUUGAAUGUGAGUACUGUGGAUAUUAAGUAACAAACACAGUCUUACAAACUGUCAGAGGCAGAGAGAAGAACAGCAUGGAGGACAGUGAGCUUAUCUUUCUGGAGCGCCAUGAUGAGGGCGAGGGCCCUGCCGUGGCCUUCUCCAAAGACAAGCCUGGAGUCAGGGAGGGCCCUACCGUGGCCUUCUCCAAAGACAAGCCUGGAGUCAGGGAGGGCCCUACCGUGGCCUUCUCCAAAGACAAGACUGGAGUCAUGGAGACCAGGGACAGUAGGUUUGACUCAGGCCUGGGGCUAGGUUUGGGGCUGGAGCCAGGCCAGGGACGCCGCUCCUCGGGCUUCCACAUCCCCCUCUCCCCCUCCUCUCCGGGCUCCCUGGCUGACCUGGCCAUGGCCUCGUCACCACCCCCCGGCCUGGUGAAGUCCUCCUCCACUGAGCUGCAGACCAAGGAGACUGGUUCCUUGAGAAGCUCCAAACCCCUCCUCAGCCUGGUCAAGUCCCUCUCCACCGAGAUCUCCCACCUCGAGCCCGAGGUCUACCUCUCCAAGUCGGACUCCAAGCUCCACAUGCACCCCUGGAAGCAGUUCACCCAGACCCAACCCAAGCUCCAGGAGGCUGGUUUUGGGAAUGAUAGCUGGAUGGCACCCCCGUCCCCCGUUUCCCCCACGGAGCCCAAAGGAAGUUCCCUGAUGACUGAGUUCGAGGACACGCGGAGGAAGUUCUCGGAGGCCAUACAUGACCCCAUGAGCAUGUGGGGUAAAAUGAUGGGGGACGAGUCGAGCUCGGGGAGCCCCAAACAGAAGGUGUCUGGGGGGGUCGGGGACUCACCUGCCUCCCUUGGUAGCUGUGGAGGUGGUGGGAGUGGGACCCCAUUGAACAUUGAAGAUGGGAGCACAGAGACACAAGUAAGAUACAGACGUGGAACAGACAGUGAACUGGGUGUGUGUGAAACCCCACUAAGGAGACCCAGGAAGGGCCUUCUGAAGCCCUCACUUUCCCCAGAGCACCAUAGCCAGCUGGGGGAUAGCCUCUACGAGAUCUGCACCAACGGAGACCUCAUCCAGGUGGUAGAGGUCCAGGGGGUCGGAACCAGUGGAGCUGGUACCAGAGGUCAGCAUCGAGGAACCCAUCCCCAGGCUCGAGGCAGGAUUCCUGGGGUUCCUGUAGCCUCAGUGCCUGUCCGCUGGCUCUUGUUUGUGGGCGUACUUGCCUAUGGGUUCUUUGUGCUCCCUCUGCCCUCCUAUGUGACUGGGCUGUCCCUGGGGCUAGCAUGUGGGUUCCUGUUAGGGUUGGUGGUGGUCCUGGUGUUAACGCCACGUCCGCGCUCCAGAGCUUUGCCCCCCUGGGGCACUACAGGGGCCCGGUGGUCCCAAGACAACAGCCUGCUGCCCUCGGACCCUGUUGGUGGGCCGCGCACAGAUGCUGAAGUCCUGGAGGGCUGGAUGAACGAGAUGCCCGUGUACGACCCAGAGACCUACCACCCGUCGCUCACCCACUCUGUGUAUGCCACCCUGGAGGGCAGCCGCCUACGCCUGGCCUACCCCCGCACUAACAUCCCCCGACAGGCAGCCUUCGACGAACCGCCCCAUGAAGUUGUGUUCCUGCGCUCGCGCUGCUACCAGCUGACCAACUGCAAGGUCAGUGUGUCCAUAUAG